AUGGGACAUGAGGAGCAUGGAGGGACUUGGCACAUGGACGCAGCUCAACUGGAUACGCAAAGGAAGAAGGGAGAAGCCAUCUUGAAGACCAGCUCGACCGUCUACUCGACCAACCGGUCGAGUUCCUCAACUCGACCGGCCAAGCUUCAACUCGAUCGAGCUGAGAAGUCAAAGUCAAACCCGAAAAAUGUUGCUUCCCCCUUGACUUCCUUUGACCCUAAACCUAAUCCUCUUUGUAUUUAA